AUGUCUUCAGAAACAGUAGAUGUCGUGAUCGACUCUCUUGUCGCUGCCGGCGUCAAGCACAUCUUUGGUGUUCCGGGCGCCAAGAUCGAUAGCGUCUUCAAUGCCUUGAUUGACCGUCCCGAGAUCCAGCUGGUCGUCUGCCGCCACGAGCAGAAUGCCGCCUUUAUCGCCGGAGCGAUCGGCAGGAUCACAGGCCGACCCGGCGUGUGCAUCGCCACCUCCGGCCCGGGAACAAGCAACCUUGUCACCGGCCUGGUGACCGCCAACGAUGAGGGUGCACCCGUUGUUGCCAUUGUCGGCGAUGUUAAGCGGGUGCAGGCUGCCAAGAAGACACAUCAGAGCCUGAGAGGCGUGCAGCUUCUCGAGCCCGUCACCAAGAAGACCACUGGCGCCGUGCACCCGGAUCAGAUCUCAGAGAUUAUGCUCGAUGCCUUCAGAACCGCCACCGCAUACCCGCAGGGUGCAACAGCUAUCAGCCUGCCGAUCGAUAUCAUGACAGUCGGAACCAAGACGUCUAUCCCUGCGCUGCCCCAGAGCGCCUUCACACCGCCUCAGUAUGGCACAUCACCAUCAGCAUCACUGAGCCGGGCGGCGGCCAUGAUCCAAAACGCAAAAUUCCCAGUCCUAUUCCUCGGAUCGAGGGCAGGAACACCAGACGCCGUCGAAGCUGUCCACGGUUUUCUCCGCAAGCACCCCAUCCCCGUCGUCGAGACCUUUCAGGCCGCAGGCUCUAUCAGCCAGGAGCUUGCCCAUCUCUUCUACGGCCGCAUCGGCCUCUUCCGCAACCAGCCUGGUGACAAGCUCCUCUCCCAGGCCGAUCUCGUCAUUGUUGCGGGCUACGAUCAGUCCGAGUAUGACGCCGACGCCUGGCACAAGAGCCAGAGCCUCGACAUCUUGCAUCUGGAUUGGAUUCCCGCCGACUAUGGCGCUUUCUACAACCCGAAGCUGGAACUCGUAGGCGCCAUCGCCGCCAACGUCAAGGCGCUGAGCGACAUUCUGGCAAACGUUUCUCGCCCGCAGGAAUCCGAAGUAGCGAAAACCAUCUUCACAGAGUUCCACGCUUGGGAACAGAGUCCCCAGGCUCUGGGCCAGACUGGCGACGGUCCUGUGCACCCUCUCUACUUUAUCAAGCUCAUGCAGGGUCUGCUGCCCCCAUCGACGACUCUGGCAUCGGAUGUCGGUAGCAUGUACAUCUGGCUUUCGCGCUUCUACUUCGCAUAUAGCCCCAAGUCCUUCCUUGUUUCCAACGUUCAACAGACUCUCGGCGUAGCUCUCCCGUGGGCCAUCGGAGCCUCUCUGGCCCAGGAGCCGCCGUGCUCCAAGAAGGUCGUAAGCAUCAGCGGCGACGGCGGGUUCCUCUACAGCGGACAGGAGCUAGUGACUGCCGUCAAACAGGGGUGCAACAUCACGCACUUCAUCUGGAACGAUGGAAAGUAUAACAUGGUGGAGUUUCAAGAAGUCGACAAGUACGGCCGCAGUUCAGGCGUCGACUUGGGCGGGGUCGACUUUGUCAAGUAUGCCGAGGCGUUUGGCGCCAAGGGAUUGCGCGUCAGUCGUUCGUCGGAACUGGAGGCCGUCAUGAAGGAGGCUUUGAGUUAUCAGGGAGUCUGCAUCGUCGACGUUGAGAUUGACUAUUCCCACAACCACGAGCUUAUGAAGAAUGUCAUCCAGGACAGCAUUAGUUAG